AUGUCUCACUACAAAGGUGGAAGUGCAGUGCUACUUGUUGUUAUUGCUUCAGUUUCAGGAAAUGUAGAUGCCAGUGGAAACGGCUUGAAAGAAGCUGCUCUAGCAGUGAGUUUGUUAUUGCCAGUGAUGAAAAUUAUGGCAAUAAGCAGUGACUGCACUUCAGAUUCUAAGGCAAUUGCGACAGGAGACAGCCUCUAUGCGUGGAAGUCAAAUGCAGUGUUUAGAUAUCCUGUCUGGUAUCAAGUAUCCCCUGAUCAGGCACAGCUGCUUGCAAUGCUUGUGCAGAUUCUUGGAGCAGAACGGUGUAUUGAAGUUGGCGUUUAUACUGGAUACUCAUCACUAGCCAUAGCAUUGGUUCUGCCAGAAUCAGGUCAUUUGGUUGCAUGUGAAAGAGAUUGCAAAUCUCUUGAUGUUGCCAAAAAGUAUUAUCAGCUAGCUGGUGUUUCCCAUAAGGUGGAAGUAAAACUUGGACUUGCAAUGGAUUCCCUAGAAUCUUUAAUUCAGAAUGGUGAAGCUGGAAGGAGCUCUUCCACAUUUCUUUGGUUGAGUUCAAAUGAGAAAAACCUGGCGCUGCCUUACCCUCAGGUUUCCUUUUGUGGAGUUUUAGCUGCUCUGGGUUUUAAACCUAAUGGGAGUUUGUGUUACUCUAUGAUUCCUUCCUGGUCAGUAGUGAUCGGCUAUGAUUUUGCAUUUAUUGAUGCCGAGAAAAGAAUGAACGAGAAAUAUUUUGAACUGCUGCUGCAGCUGGUGAGGGUUGGAGGUCUUAUUGUAAUUGAUAAUGUCCUUUGGCAUGGAAAAGUUGCUGACCCUUUGGUAUAUGACCCUAAAACUAUCAGCAUUAGAAAUUUUAACCAAAAGUUAAUGGAAGAUGAGCGUGUAAGCAUUAGUAUGGUACCUAUUGGAGACGGGAUGACAAUCUGCCGAAAAAGUUGA